UUGCAAAGAAAUUAAUUUUUUGGUAUAUAAGUAAAUUACCCCCAAUUGUCAUAGUUUGGGCUCCACUAUACGUAUGGGUUCUGUAUACGAUUGACAUGGAAAUAUACUACAAGAAAGAAGGAGAAUAAUUACAAAAAAGCAGUUGAAAUGAAUAAAGAACAAGAAUACGGUACAGUGGAAGAAAUAAAUCCAACACAAGAUAGUUUAACAACAAUAAGUCAUUAUAUUUUUUAAUAAUUCAUUAUAAAUACAACCUGUAUGUAAAAAUUCUUUUUCUUAAUGUUAUUCCAUUGAUGUAACAGAAUAUUUGUUGAUGCCAUAACUAAAAAUUAGUGUUACAAUUUUUUUCUACCGUCCUCAAAUACUCACUUAUGUAAUACAAGGUGGUAAUAACAGAAAAAUCGUAAUAGCAAAAGAGUGAAAGCUACAGCUGGUAGAAGUAUACGACCGGUACAAUACUAAAGUAGUACUCAGUACGUCCCCCUAAAGAAAACAUGCUCAUUUAUCAGCUUGGAAUUAUUUUUGUGAUCUGUUGUGUUCAAUUCGUUUUCGGAUUUUUAAAUGAACAACGUAAGUUCUAGAAUUUUUUUAAGAAAAUUUAACGCCUUCGAAUAUUGUUCGAAUUAGAUUGUAAAUUAUACGGGGUAUAUCUUAAAUAAAGUAACAAAUUUAUAUUUUGGAAAAUAUUAUAUAUAAAUUUUCACUCAAGAAGCUUUCAAGUUUUGUUUUCAGUUUGCAACGUUUACUGGCACCAAUCAUCUACGUGUGAGGUUUCUCGCAACAAAUUUGGUAUUAAUCAUAUUUGAAAAUGAUUUACAUCAACUUCAAGUUGUCGAGUUAACACUAAUUUUCUCGCUUUCUAAUGAUGCAAUUAACUUGUUUAACCCUUUAUUUUGUUCACAUUUCAAUUACCAACAAUUUAUCUACACAUAUCAUUUAAAACAUAUCAAAAUUAUACUACGUAAUGCCUUUUAUAUAAUGAAAUCGUCCGUCUUCUAAAAGGAUGUUGCUUGGACUAAAAAUGGAUGUUAUAAAGAAGAAACAGUUCAAAAUAUGACGGACUCAGACAUACUAGUUUACUGUUGGGAAAGUUUUGGUUAUGUUAUUGUGGAAUUUAUAUUUUAGCCCAUUAUGUUAGAACUUGCAUGAUAAAAGAUCCAAGAGAAAUUUUCAUAAAUUGUUCAACUCACGCCGUACAACAGUUAUUCAACCAAAUUCCAAAAGGAGUACCGGAAAUAGGUCUGCAAGUAUUAGAUCCAUUAAAAAUACCCGUUUUGAAUGUAAUACAAGGUGGCAGGGGUCCGGUAACAGUAAACGCGUCAUUAGAUAAUGUUACAGUGGUAGGAUUUGGUAAUACUAAAAUACUUUAUAACAGUGUGGAUCCUAAAACUUACGAUUUUUAUACUAAACUGUCUUUACCAAGAUUAAGAAUCGAUGGAAAUUAUGAAUUACUCGGUAAAAUAUUGGUUAUACCUUUAAGAGGAAAGGGAAAGUGUUGGUUUGACGCUCAAAAUCUGGAUAUCAACGUGAAAAGCGAUGUUAUUAUGGAAAAGCACGACGGUUUCGAUUUCUUCAAUGUGACCGAUGUCCACGUGACCUUCAACAUUGGAGGUUUAAAAUUACAUAUGGGGAACUUAUUCGACGGAAUCAAAGCGUUAGAAGAGUCAACAAACGAAUAUUUGAACGCUAACUGGAGGCCCGUGGCUGAUUCACUGAGUCCAAUUUUAUCGAAAACCAUCGAAGAUAUAAUGUUAGAUAUUUUACAAAGAGUUUUUGACAAUAUUCCAGCAAAUUUCUUUUUAGGAGAUUUGGAACUAUAAGACUCACAACAAUAAUAUAUAUUUUUUUAUAUUUAAUUGAAAAAAGGUUCAACAUUUUUAUCUUAUGAAUUCCCUUUCACAAUAUAGGCUUGAAAUCGAUUUUAUUCAUCUGCAACUUCUCGAUACCGAGCUUGUAGAAUAAUUUGUCUUUUGCAUCAGUUUCAGCAAUUGCUUCUUCAUUUGACCUGAAUUUCUUAGCCAGUAGUCACUGGGGGCCAAAUCACACGAAAUUGUUACAAAAAUAACAAAAGUAGCUUCACCUAAAUAGCUGUCAUUUUAUUUUGACUAAUCGAAACGUCAUGACAUUUUGAAGAUUGGUACUUCAUUAAAGUUAUAUUGAUAUGGAUAAUUUCAAGCUCCGAACAAGCUUUCUAAGUUAAAUGAAUUAUCAACAAGACAAAACAAAAAAAGCCGCAUGUUGUCAAUGGUCUGAUUGUGUUCUAAAAAUAAUUAUUUCAUAAUCAUAUUUAUGGUUGCGUCAUGAUGAAUAGCGUCUUCUUGAUGUAACUAAACGUUUGAGCAUCUCUGAGAAGUCUCUAAGGGUAUGAGACAAGCUAAUACAUUACGUUGAAAAGGAUAAUUCAAGGUGACUGAUUGGUUUUUCUACGGAUAUUCGUCUUCGAUUGUUUUGACGAAGGGGCAAUCAGGAGAUCAUGAAUAUGUUGAUGAUUGAAUGAAAUAAAUGUGAAACGUGUUUACAGAAUUGAAUUAUUCUUCUUCUUUUUUAUAAAUAUUGUGUUUCAUAAGAUACUAAUGUGAACCCGAUUUAAUGUCGAAGAAAAAUUAAACAUUUUUUUUAUAGAAA